AUAAUUAGAGAGGAGCUUGAAAGAGAUGGUUUCACAAAAGAAUUGAUGGAUCGAGGUCAAAUUGAAAUUGAAAAUGAAAUGGAGAUGGAGAUAGAAAACUCCCAGACACACCACCGUAAUUGGACUGUUAUGCAAUCGUCAUCCGUUCUAUCCAAAGGAUAUAUCGAUGGCUACUCAAACGCUCUAUUUUCAGCUAAGCGACUUGGAGUUAUCCCAGCCGUCCAUUACAUAUUUACUCUGUCUGAAAAUGAGUAUUCUCUUUCAGUAAAGUUUCUGCUGAACAAUACCAAUUUAGACGAACAGAGUCGUUCUUUGCACCUAUAUAUUCGUUUGCCUCACACCCCAGGGACUAGUUACUCAGCCAUACAAAGAGAAUCAUCAGAGGAAGAGCAUCCCAGCUCAAAAGAAAUUACAAAACAGUCGUCCUCCAAUCCGAUUGUUUUGAAAACGAUUUGUGAGAAGCUGAUUUAUGCUGAGAAAGAUUGGUUCAAUCUGGGACUGGCUUUUGAUUUGCAUACUUCAGUGUUGAAAAAUAUUGAAGCUGAACACUGCUCUAAUCAACGCCGUCUGACUGAGAUUAUAGACAAGCGUCUCACUGAUUCAGAUCAUCCGGUCACAUGGCCUUACAUAUGUGUAUGCCUGAGGAGUAAAAUUGUUGGACGCAAUGAUAUAGCUGAGGAAAUUGAAACAGAAUUAACAAAUAAAUCUUUUGCUUCUUCAAGCCAUUGAUUACUUCUUCUGCAUAAUUAUUAUACGACACUAAUUAUUAUUGUAAUGACUCGAUGUAUAUAUGAGGAAGAUGGGGUCAAGCUCAUUGAAAAAUCGAAGAUAACAUUGUCUCGUGAAAGAAGCUACAAAACGAGUUGCUCGAAACCAUUUCUUUCAAAACCUUCGUAAUUUUCCUGGUGCCCAACCUUUAAUAUUAUUUAGAAAUAUGUUCAGUUUCAGUGUGCAUUGUAUGACAAUCGCGUUAUCUUGAGGAAAGGACAGACAUUUUUUGAUUGGAAAUGUGUGCAUACGCAAUUAUGUGCAAUAUUAUAUUCAAGUUGCAACGUGUUGAAGCUGAACUAUAGAGGUGUUUAAAUUCCCGAUUUAGUGGUUUCUCCUUCCACUGGACCAAAGAGCUAGGCCUCUAGAUGUCAGAUAAUGGCAAUCGAUGAACACGGCCCAUCAUCUCAGCUUCCUGAGUGUGUGUGAGGAUCGAGGACUUUGAUCACUACCAGUGUUAGGUGAAGGAUUAAGCUGCUGAAAGUGGUCCUCAUGCACUGUCUAUAUAAUACAGACCUCUCUACAAUUAAAGAAGAGACAAACUUGCCCGGAGUCGAGACGAAUGGGAGAGUGCUACUCUACAGAACGCCAACACCAAGUGCAACGCCUUGCUGCCAAUAUGGGGGCCCGAGAUUUCACAUACCAACUUCUCGAGUUCUGUUGCAAGGUUCCACAACUACUUACAAGAGUGUACAGGACUAUUUGACCCCUCCUUGCUCACGAUAUUCGACUGCUUCUGGUUCGCUUUGCCUACGAGAAGUCCUUCAGUGGGGAAAGUGGAGGGGGUGGUCCACAGAGCAACAUGCACCUGCUCCCCUACUACCUUCAUGUUGGAGCACACGUCAUGAACCUGAGUCACUGCUACCAGAGAGAGGAGAGGAACCUAGCAACCUUCCUGGCAGCUGCUCCUGACACCUGGGUCUCCUCCGCUUACGAGUUGGACGGUCCCCAGUACCAGCUGGUGGUGUCACUGUUUAUCCAGUCGUUGAGUGAGUGGGAGGAGCAUCGGACCACCAUCCUCAAGAGACUGUUAGUGUUGGCCCAUGCCAGGAACAGUAGCUCCUCCCUCAUCAAGAGCCUCUCCUUGUCCUCCCCAGCAGAGUUCUCAGUGUACAAGCCGCUACUAAUGAUGUUCUCACUAGUGGACAGUCUACAUCGAGUCCUCAAGACCACACUGUCAGUGUCUGGUAGUGACCUGCCCACAGCUCUACUGGAGCACGUCCGGACCAAUGAUAGCACUAAGUUACCUCAGACCCCAGGGACUAGUUACUCAGCCACACAAAGAGGAUCAUCAUCGGAGUUGACUAAAAAGGACAUUCGACUUAAAACAAUUUGUGAGAAGUUGAUGCCUGCUCGCACUAGUUGGUUGAAUCUAGGACUGGCUUUUGGACUGGAUAUGUCAGAGUUGACAAGUAUUGAAGCUGAAUACCCCCAUGAUAUUAGACUCUGUCUAACCAAGAUGGUAAACAAGCGUUUUGAAGUCCCUAAUCCAGAAUGUCCAGUCACAUGGCCUUACAUAUGUGAAUGCCUGAGAAGUCCUAUUGUUGAUCGCUAUGAUGUAGCUGCUAAAAUCGAAAAAGAUAAUUCAUUGAGACAUUGAACUACCUCUGCAUGCACAUGCACGACUGCUUGUCAAUCUUGGUGAGAAAGCUAAACUAGAAGUGUUGAAUUUCUAAAGAGCUUCUCAGCUUCCAUGCAGAGUGUGUGAGGAGGACUUUGAUCAUCACUACCAUGCAAGUCCUCUCCUUGUCCUCCCCGGCAGAGUUCUCGGUGUACAAGCCGCUGCUAAUGAUGUUCUCACUAGUGGACAGUCUACAUCGAGUCCUCAAGACCACACUAUCAGUGUCUGGUAGUGACCUGCCCACAGCUCUACUGGAGCACGUGCGGACCAAUGAUAGCACCGUGCUGGAAGCUAGCGACAAGUGUGAUAUGAGUCCUUCCAAGAGUUCCUUGAUGUCAUGGGUGAGUCAUGUGACUUGUACCUAAACCAUGUGACAUACCCAUUUUGUUUGAAUCGUUCGUAUGCUGUAUAUAAAUCAUGAGCAUUAUAUUCAUGCCCACAGUCGAACACAGGGCGGAUGAGAUUUUGGCCAGGCUUCUCAAUAGCUGGCCUUUGUUGCAUGUAGCAUGCAUGUACGGUCCACUUUAUACGUAUAUGUAAAAGGAGGCCUCAGGCUCUUCUGCUGUGGUACAUGCAUGGUCCUGGAUAUAACUUCUUUUAAUCAUAGAUGGUUGUUUUGGAGUGUUCCCUGACAUGAUUCUAUUGAUGGCAAGCUCUUUGCUCCAGGCUGUCUUGCAUGAUGUCUUUCAGCUUGUUGGUUAGUCUCACGAAUCAGCCGCCCUUCCUAGGUCUCUCACUUAGGAAGGGCGGCUAAUUCAUGAGACUGGCAUGCAAUUAACACAACGGCAAUUAGAGACCUAAUGAGCAAAGGUUAAGUGCUUCGCGCCUCCUCUGGUUCCACAGCUACCUACAAGAGCGUACCGGACUAUUUGACCCCUCCUUCCAUACCCUCGCUCACGACAUUCGACUACUUCUGGUCCGGUUUGCGUACGAGAAGUCCUUCAGUGGGGAAAGUGGAGGGGGUGGUCCACAGAGCAACAUGCACCUGCUCCCCUACUACCUUCAUGUUGGAGCACACGUCAUGAACCUGAGUCACUGCUACCAGAGAGAGGAGAGGAACCUAGCAACCUUCCUGGCAGCUGCUCCUGACACUUGGGUCUCCUCCGCUUACGAGAUGAACACAAUUGGACAGUCCCCAGUACCAGCUGGUGGUGUCACUGUUCAUCCAGUCGUUGAGUGAGUGGGAGGAGCAUCGGACCACCCUCCUCAAGAGACUGUUAGUGUUAGCCCAUGCCAGGAACAGUAGCUCCUCCCUCAUCAAGAGCCUCUCCUUGUCCUCCCCAGCAGAGUUCUCGGUGUACAAGCCGCUGCUAAUGAUGUUCUCACUAGUGGACAGUCUACAUUGAGUCCUCAAGACCACACUGUCAGUGUCUGGUAGUGACCUGCCCACAGCUCUACUGGAGCACGUCCGGACCAAUGAUAGCACCGUGCUGGAAGCUAGCGACAAGCUGUUGACAGAAUUCCAAGAUGAGGUGCAAUCUUGUGAGUCCUUCCAAGAGUUUCUUGAUGUCAUGGGGCUGCUGGUUGCUAUUAACAACCCAGAUGUCUUCCUGGCGGAGUUGCUCUCCUCGGUCACAGUCACCACUGCUAGUGACAACUGAACCAGUACCUGUAGAAACUUAUAAUUAGCAUUUCAUAAGUACAAGAUAUUUGAACACAAGAUUAGCUGACAUUAGCAUUUUAUAUCCAACAUUUUAGGGUGCUUCUCGGUAUACAUUUAAUAUCAUGAUUGUGUGAUCAGUAUUAUUUUGUUAACAGACAAUCUCA